GUAGUUACAAUCUUUUGUCAUUUAGUGAAGAUUAUUAUUUACCUUAUAUACAUGGUUAGGAUGUGUAUAAAUUGCAACCAAUUUCAUAUGUGUGUGAUAUAUACGAAAAUCAUUCAUUCUCCCCUCUCUAUUACCUCUCACGACUGGAUACAAAAGAUGUGGUUAGGACUAGCAUAUUGUAUAGUCGAUGGAGUAACCUUUAUAUUUUUCUGCCUUAUUAUUCUUUUAGCUGCCGAUGCUCGUGCGAGAUUCCUUUCUUUGACCAGUGUAGUUGUACAGCUAAGUACAGGAAGAAAUUUCUGACUGUCUUGGAUCGUUUUUUUCGAAUGCCUAGAGGAGCUGGCUGUCAAAAGAUUAAAUCUUUCUGCCUGUCAUUGUGUAUGAAGAGAGAUUUCAUGUGUCACAUUGAGCGUUGGAGUGUCACAUUGCUGAAUUGGGUGUGGAAGAGCUUGCACUCAGGUUUUUUUGUCAACAAAAUACCACAUUUCCGCUUCAGAAGCUUUUAUGUGAAGCAGCAGCAGCACCGAUGCUUAAGUCUCUGCAUUUGGUCGCAUGCAUCCUGGAACCCUUCAAUCCCCAGUGGCCUUUCAAAUCUCUAACAUCCCUAAGGUUGGGUUAUAUCGAAUCAGUUGAUGUGCAGGGCAUAUUGUAAUCAUGUCCGGAACUUGAGUCUCUAACAUUGGAGUAUUGCUGUCUUCCUUCUGAGCUGUUCAUUGGCGGAGGGAAACAACUGAAGUUGAAAUCAUUAAUCAUUUAUAUGUGUUAUGGGGGGGUGAAUGAGAUAUCUUUAUGUGCUGAAAACCUUGUAAUCUUGGAAAUUGAAUUAGAGGUAGAUUCAGCAAUGAACUUUUCCCACCCUACCAAUGCUCCCAAGCUCCAGCAUGUCAGCAUCUCGGUAAUGUACCCUCAUGAUGUGCGUGACAUCAUUACAUGGGUAGGAAAGGAUUGUCCUCAGGUUGAAUCUCUUUAUUUUGAUAUGUGGUUUGGAGACCACCCUUGGGCAUAUAGUUUGCCAAGUGAGGUGCCCACAUUUGGUCAUUUGAGGCAGCUUUACAUACUAAUGGAGUACAAUCAGUUGUUUGAUGUGACCCAAGUUGCUGCUUUAAUCACUGCCUGUCCACUGCUUCAGAGAUUGCAUUUAGUGGUGAGUCCCCUUCUUUAGUGAGGACAAGUGGGUAUUCUUUCUUAAUUAAUGGUAUGCUUGGAUUAAGAUGAACCUGGGUAAAAUUAUUUGAUUCACCUUUAUUGGGAACUUUAUACGUAGUAUUUGAUAUUAUUAAAAUAAGCUGGAUCCAUUUUGGCAGAACAAGACUUCUUUCUUCCUCUCUGGAAGGGGGAGAAAAGCAUACUAUGUUUGGAGAACGGGAGCAUCUCUCAGAAACCAUCAUCUUCAUCUUCAUCUUAAAGAAGUCGAGUUUGGUGGGUUCCGUGGUUUGGAAAAUGAGGUUGCUUUGGUAUUGUAUAUCCUGAAAAGUGCAUUGGCUCUUGAGAGGAUGGUGUUACGCAGGGAUUAUAGGUGGUAUACUGGUGCUAGUAAAGGAGGGAGGUGGGAGGAGAGAAAAGAUUACAAAGGGCUUACAUGGUCGGAAAAUCCACCAUAUACUGUAACAUUUGAUCAAAGCAAAUUACAACGGCAAUUGAGAGGGCAGGCUGCUUCUCCAACGGCGCAAGUUAUCGUCAUUUAGGAUGUGUUCUUAUGUGCUCCAUCCAUUUUUCGCUUCUAACUUGCUCAGUUUUUAUUUUAAAAUAUGAAUUGCUCCAUCCAUAUUAAUUAUAAAUUAUUAAUAUUGUUGUUCU